AUGCAACAAGAAUCGUAUGUGAUUCGUGAAGGAGUUCCUUCGGAUGCUCCCAAGAUUACUGAAUUUAACAUCAUGAUGGCUUUGGAGACGGAGGGUAUUCUUUUGGAUCGUGAGAAAGCUACUCGUGGUGUGGUCAUGCUUUUUGAGAAACCGGAGAAGGGUCAAUAUUUUGUGGCAGUUCAUAAGAAUGGUUCUGAAGAGACAAUAGUCGGUGCUUGUUUAGUGACCUAUGAGUGGAGUGAUUGGAGGUGCUGUGAUUAUUGGUGGAUGCAAAGUGUGUUUGUUGAUAAGGAGCACAGAAGGCGAGGUGUUUUUACACAAUUAUUUAAAUAUGUCGAAAAGAAAUGCAUUGAAGCUAAGAGUGCAUCUUUUAGGCUCUAUGUUGACAAGAAGAAUGCCAAUGCAAAGAGUACUUACUUGAAAUUAGGAAUGCAAGAAUCUCAUUACGAAAUGUGCGAAAUGAACUUUUACGAAUGA